UGCUGUGAUGAGAACACGACGGGCUGAAGUCCUCGCGAGACAAAACAGCAACAAACGAGACAAGAUAGGCCACGAAGCCGCUUCCUCGAUACAUAAACGUCUUACUAUAAUAUUGUGCGGGGAAGUGACUUUAUUUACUUUUACUGGGCGAAAGGACGACAGCGUUGCGCUUGGGUGUGUCAGCAACAUCCACGCGCUGCUCUAUGUGCUGUCAAGCGGCGGCCAUUCCAUCUGUUUACAGUACGAGAGCUCGUUAUCCUCUCAAGCAGGCAUGUCUGACACAGCUCAGGUGGCGAAUGAGAAGUGGAGACUGAAUCACAUCACGGGGGAUUUGUUCUCGUGUCCCCCGGACGAGGCUUUGGCCCACUGCAUCAGUGAGGACUGCCGCAUGGGGGCAGGCAUCGCAGUGACGUUCAAGCAGAAGUUCAGAGGGCUCGAGGAGCUCAAGGGCCAGAAGAAGCUGGUGGGGCAGUGCGCUGUGCUCAAGCGAGGCAAACGAUUUGUGUACUAUCUGAUCACAAAGAAGAAGGUGAGUCAAAAGCCAAACUAUGACACCUUGAGGCAGAGUUUGGAGGACAUGAGAGCGCAUUGUAUCCAAAACGGAGUCGCUCGGAUUUCGAUGCCUCGUAUCGGCUGUGGCCUGGAUCGACUGAAGUGGGAAAGAGUUUCAGAGAUACUGGAAGAGGUCUUUGAGCCUGCAGAUAUAUCCGUCACCGUCUACAGCCUCCCUGUGAAAGCGGAGACCUUGGUGAUGAAGGAAAACAUAUCCAGAUGAUUCUUGGAAAUGUUUUGCAUUAUUCACAUUUCAUCCCCUCCAAAAUGUUGACCCUGAUAUUUAGGAAUAAAUUCUUUUUGCAUUAUAUGA